AUGAUGAAGCAGAGCGUCAACGCGCUUGCAAGUAGUCAUGCGACUAUUCGGCAAUCUUCUGAUUUGCCCAAACUCCCCGCACCAAAGCCAGAAAAGACACUUACGCAUUUUUUGGAUUUCGCAGAAGCAUUACAGUCGAAAAAGGAAUUCGAGGAAACCAAACAUAUUGUACACGACUUCGUGGUUAAGGAUCUGUCAAAACUUCAGGCACUUUUGGAAAAGAGAGCGAACGAGCUUCCAAACUGGCUCACUCCUUGGUGGCUUAACAUUGCUUACCUUGCUGCUCGCACCCCUCUGCCCGUUGUCACAUCUCCAGGAGUCAUGUUCCCGAAAUUCGAUUUUAACACUCCGGAAGGACAAUUGGAAUAUGCUGCGAAAAUCAGUCAAGCGGCUAUCAAAUUUUACCUUCUUGCUAAAAACGAUCAACUGAAGCCUGACAUGUCUGGAAAAUCUCCACUAGAUAUGAGUCAGUACAAAUUUCUGUUUGGAACCACCAGAGUACCGAAAAUUGGAGUUGAUGAGAUCAAAUAUGGAUGUGACUACAAAGAAAAGUUGCAACACAUUGUGGUGAUCAGAAAUGGACAUCUUUUCCGUGUCCAAAUUCUUGACAGCAAUGAAAAACCACUGUCGAUCUCAGCUAUCACUGAACAACUGCGAGAAGUUGUCUCAGAGAGUGAAACUCCAAAUCCGCACCCAGUGGGAAUAGUGUCUUCCGAUGGACGUGACAAAUGGGCCAUAGUGUAUUCAUCUUUGAAAAAAGACAACAAGAAUGCUGAAUCCCUGGAAGCUGUCGAGAAAGCGCUAUUUGUUGUUUGUCUGGACAAGUCCAGUGAUCCACCAGUGGGGUAUACUGAAAAAGACGAACAGAGCCGACAGGCACUUCAUGGAGGUGGCUCAAAGGUCAAUUCGUGUAAUAGAUGGUUCGAUAAAACUAUACAGUUUGUUAUUGGAACCAAUGGAUACACAGGAAUGACCUACGAGCACACUCCUGCUGAAGGACCACCGGUUGGAGCUCUUAUGGAUUAUAUUUGUGAUCAAUUCGACGCUAACGCUUUCUAUAAAGACGGACCAUCCUCUAGCUCCAAAGUUCAACAUUUGCCUCUCACUACCACAGCAGAAAUCAACCAGAGAAUCGCAAAAAGCUCCAAAAACAUGGAUCACACUGCCAAUGACUUGGACAUCGUUGCAUUCACUUUCAAGCCAUAUGGAAAGAAUUUCCCGAAAUCUGCGAAAAUUUCUCCAGAUUCUUUCAUUCAGAUGGCUUAUCAGCUAGCAUUUUAUAGAAUUCAUUCUUCCCUUCCUCCCACUUAUGAAACAGCAACACUUCGAAAGUUCACCGAGGGCCGAACGGAAAACAUUCGAUCUCCAAGCAGCGCCGCAGCCUUAUUUGUCAGACAGAUGGUAUCUAAGCCUCCGCGACCGGUCAAUGAAAUCCACGAUGCCCUCAUUCAUGCUACAAACACCCACAAAAAGUAUACAUUGGACUGUAUGAAUGCAUCUGGAAUGGAUAGACACUUGUUGGCUUGGAAGUUGAUCGCAUCUGAAAAUAAUCUCCCAACUCCGGAAAUUUUUGGAUCGAACAUCUAUCAACAACUGAACCAUUUCCAAGUGUCCACCAGUCAAGUCCCAACUCGCCAUUUCAUCCAAAUGUGCUUUGGACCUUCUGCUCUAGACUGUUAUGGAAUCUGCUACAAUCCACAAGAAACUGAACUACAUUUCAUGAUCUCUACGUUCAAAAGCUAUGGAUCGACUAGCUCGAAAAAGUUUGCCAAAGAGCUGCAAAAAGCAUUGAUUGAUAUGAAGUCGGUCAUCAACAAAGCUCAGAAACAGUCUUCAAAGCUUUAG